AUGAAACCCUCGCCACUCGAUGGUUUAUUUUUCGUUAUUUAUGCUGUGGCCUCUGUUCUGGCUGAAACUCCAACAUCUGGGAACAAUGUAGACACUUCUGGAGAAAAUAAUUCCACGAUCAAAGACACCAAGAUGUUGGUUUGUAUCCUUUUGUGCAAGCUUAAUGAUAAGCUUUUUAACUAAUAAUGUAAUUAAUGAUUAGGACUUCUUAUAGAGACGGUGCAGUUGAAGCUUGUUCAAGUUUCCUUGACUAUCUUCGCUCGCAGAUCGUGUAGUUUUUAAAGAAAAACGUGCUCAACAAGUCGUUGCUGCAGAGAGUAUUCUAAACCUUGCUGAUUAUUCCAAGCAGUAAAAGAUGGUCGAGAUAGUACUUGAAAAAUUAUUUAAGGUAAUUAAUGUACCAAUUUACCAAUGCUACUCAGGGGGUGCACUCGUCUCUUGCUCUACUUCAACACCAACAAACCACAUAGUUUUUUUUUUUUCACAGAAUACCAGUUGUAUUAGAAAACCGCAGGUCAUCUCGGGGGGGGUGCGCACCCCCUGCACCCUUCCCCUAGAUCCGCCCCUGCUACUUUUGUCAUAAGUUCCUGGGUGAGAGCUCCAGCAUCCAGCAAAUAACCUGACUUCUUAAUAAAAUCAUUAUCACGCAUAGGUCAGAUCAGAUUCUCUUCUGUUUUAAAGCUGCAUGCACCUAGCCAGGGCACAGUUCUCUUGGGGUUUGACGGGUGAUCAUCUUAUAAGACGUGGUAUCCCAAUGAAGCAGUCUGCUGGACACCCACUUGAAUAUUUUAGCCAAAAAUCUCUCAGUACAUUUUAUAAUAGCUACCAUCUUUGCUUUCAAAAGCACUGGGAGAUUGGGCACAAUAGACAAAAUUACUGUGUUAUUGAUAUGGGCACUAUUUUAACCCGGGGGGGUGGGGGGGGGGGGUACUUUAGGAAUUUUUGGCUGGUUAUGUGUCGCUGGGACCCUGGAACCUGUAGCCUAUACCAGAGCUAGUUCAGCUGAAUUUGCUACCCUAUACUAGACUAAACUCCCAAAUCCCCCCUAUCCUAGAGUAGUUUUUAGUAGCUUUUAAACUUGCUGAUUUGAUUUUUUAAUAUUCUUGAGUGGCAAUUCCUGAUUUUCCCAGGACUAGACUAAAAUCUUCAACCAUUAUUGUUCAGUUUCCUGGAAAAUGAUACUUUAUUCUGGACGCAAACUCUCUGAUUUAUAUACCCUAUCCCAGAGUAAACUGCUUGAAAACCAUACCCGUCACAGCAGCACAUAAAAAUCAAUAAUAACUGUUUUAAACCAAGCAAAACCUUGUGCUCUCUGUCUUAAUUAACCCUCUUACAUGGAGGUGCAUAGGGAUUCAUCACCCAUUCCACCUCCACGGUCCAUGAGGGAGGAAUGAGUGACGAAUCCCUAAGGACAUAUGCAUAAGAGGCUACGUUAUCUCUUGAUGACAUUAAAAUUGCGUAGUCAGUUCACAAUCAGUUGCAAUAGCAGCUCCAUGUUUUUUUUUUAAAUUUAAAGUAUUCAAAAUAAAACUUGAAGUGAUUGAAAUAAAAUGAAAUUUAAAUGAAAAUUAUUUCAGUGUACUUUGAUGAAUUCUCAAUUUCGUUCUUUCUGCAGUAUUUCUAAUCAUUGGUCAGAAACAAAAAGAUAGUACAGACUACUAGUAUAUGUUAACUAGGCUAGGAUUAGGGUAACUUUUUUGUUUCUGUCUUUAUGAUUGGGCUAAUGGGAGGGAGACAAAGCUAAGGCAACUAAGAAUCAAACUAUGCUGAAAUCAUUUUUACCUCUGUCAAAAUUAUUUCAUUUUAAAGGUAAAGAUUAAGUCUGUAUUUCUAUCAUUCCAAUUCAAAUUUCAUUGUGAAUUACAACUGAUAAGUCUUAUCAGUUAAGUUUAUUCAGGAUUUACAGGAUGCAAGAGUCAUUAAAGUAACAGAGUCAGGAUCCCAGGACAAAGCAUUUCUCACAGAACAAGCACAGAAGGUGACCUGGCUAGAAGGCGACCUGUGUUAUAGACCAUAAUUUGCACCAAGAGGUCAUUAUGUGAUAUCGUUUUUAUAAAAAUGUAAGUGAUACAUGAUUUUACCUUUGAAAAAUUGUGAUUAUAGUGGAUCAUUACAAUUUUAAACAGUAGUGAUUUGGUUUUUCAAACCCGCAUGCGCACUGUUUCCUUAAAAUGAGUAAGAUCGCAGCUGGUCACGUGUGACUAAAAAGUGAAUUUUAAAAUUAUGAAUAGCUCUUUCUCAACACAUUAGUUUUGCACUUAAACUUCAAGGAUUUCAAAUGUUAAAAAGAUGAUGUGGUAACGUUUACAGCACUAGUUUGAGUGUUUACCAUUUAAUGUGUAACAAGAUGCAAAAGCAAGGAAAAAGUAGUUUUGGCCACAUGGGCGGCCAAUACAAAUCAAUUUCUUACUUUGUUGAAAAAAUCAAGGUUCCACAAAAAUAAUAUCUCCCUUAAAUGUGUUUCCUCUCAAAUUUUAUGUGCACUGUCAAUUUUUGAUAUCAGCAAGAUUCCAACUCGUUGUUUUAAAAAAGGAAGCAUUGGUCAUGUGAGCUCUUAAUUUAAUGCAAUUAGCGACCUAUUGAUGGUUGGUAGUUUUAAAAAUAUUAGUGAAUUAAGUUUUCAUUUUUGAACACAACUGUCAUGUCAUCAGAAGGACUAAAGUUGUUGAUUGAUCCAGUCAGCACUAGUCCUUUGGGGUUGUUUUACAGCUGAGCAAAUCAAGAUCAGGGCCAAGCAGCAGAAAAAUUUCAAGUUGAGGGGAAUUAUUCUUUAGGUAUAUCUUGACUAGUUUACUGCCUUUGACGAAGAAUACCCAUUUUUUUUAACAGCUCUGGCAAAUGUCUUAGAGAACACAGCCCUCUUUGGUGAUAUUCUUCUUCGACUUCCUGAUAUAACACAUGAGGUAAAACAAAAGAUAUUUAUUUUAAAGUUUUAAAGGCUUUUUAUUAGUCUAAAAGGUGUGUACCUGGUAACUUGAUUUUUGCUAAAAAGGAAAAGUAGCAUUUCUGCAAUAGACAUUUCCAGUCACAUGUCUGUGAACAAAGGCACCAAGGCGAGGCUUGGGAAGAAAGACAAAUACAAAGUAAUUUAAUUAAUGUAGGAAAUUGUCAGAUAUUGCAUGCCUUCACCUCACUUUCUUGCAUUUGCUCAAUGGAACACUCAAUGCAGGAAGGGUCGAUGCACAGCUGGCUGGCCACCGUCAGGUUUCAAUCAGCAGCAACAGUAGCCAGACAACAGAGGGUGGUCUGCCUGUGUCAAUCUGCUGUGCUGUUAUUAUUACUGCAGUGAGGAAAAGGCUAAUAAGGAAAAAAGGAUUUAAACAAAUUAGUAUUUGCCUGUAUGAAACUUUUGAAAUCCUUCAGUGUAUAUCACUCUUUGCCCUCCAUUCAUAACAAAACUGCUGCUGAGAGAGAAACAAAAUACAGCCAAACCUUCGUACAACAGUCACCCUUCGGAAAUGGCAUUAAGGUGACUGUUAUAUACGCGGCUGGUGACCGCUAUAUACAGGUCAACUUUGCAGAAAAUAUAAUAAAGGCAACUGGAAAGUUUUGGAAGUUGUCCAGUGACCAUAAUAUACAGGGUGCCUGCUAUAUACAGGGUGACCGCUAUAUACAGGUCAACUUUGCAGAAAAUAUAAUAAAGGCAACUGGAAAUUUUGGGAAGUUGUCCGGUGACCGUAAUAUACAGGGUGACCGCUAUAUACAGGGCAGUUAUAAUACAGGUUUGACUGUAUUACUUUCAUUACAAAGCAAGAAAGAAACUAAAUCGAACACCUCCAUGUGGGUAGGAAUUACUGCUUAUGGUGAUUUCAAACAGGGUUUGUUAAGGCUGCCGGAAGUAUAGCUGUCCGCUUACCUGAGUUCCUUUUUUUUUUCUUAUUUGUUUUGCAAAAUAGUUAGACUGCGUUAUAAUAAUAUUUUUUCAAGGGGCUGUGUCACGACCGUCUAGUUUAUUUUGUCAAUAGGAAACUUAAGCAAAGGGGUUGUUGAGCGGUGCACGUUAACCGGAAGUAGACUUUUUACAUUCCUGAGCAGUGGUUUUGCCAAAAUUUUCAGUUAAAUCAUCUCUACAAGUGUAAAGAAACUAAGCGAUGCAAAUUUUAUAGCAUCAAGGCGUAUUAAAAGAGAAAAGUCCUGACUUCCGGUUGACGUGUGUCUCUCAAGAAAGUAAAAACGCCUUUGCUUAGCUCUCUAAUUUUGCCAAUUACGUGUUCUUAUUUGCUGUGGAACUUCAGAAAUUACUUGUAAAUGGCAACAUCACAGCUUUAUGUCAAACAAAUAUGUCUCCCAGGCAUUAUAUCAAACGUUACAAAAAACAAAAACGAACUUUUGUUAUGCUAGCACUUUUUCAAAAACGAUAAUCGCCAUCUGUUCCCGAGGUGGGGGAACUCCCCAUAUGAAAGGGGUGGGGAUGCUUGUCGUCUCGCUUAGGGGUGUAAAUUUCGGAGUUUGGUCUCACUUAGGGUGUUCUGGGCAAAACGCCAUCAUAUUUAGCCGUGAAGGUCUCGUUUAGGGUUGCACGCGAAAAAAUAUAAAUAUAUAUAUAUUGUCUGUGUUUUAAUAUGGUGUCUUUUAGGGGUCGAAAAAAGCUUGAGCCACGCCCAGAUCGGUCUCCUUUAGGGGUUUAAUUCAAAAUUUCCGACGAGCAUCCCCACCCCUUUCAUAUGCGGAGUCCACCCUUCCCCCCGGCUUCUGUUGCUCACGUCUUAAGUUUGUUCUCCUUUUUUAUUUGCUGUGUUAUUUCUACCUUUGUUUCAUGUUUUAAGCAGUUAUUGAAAUAUUUCACUUAAUUUUGUGACGGUUCUCUUUGUUUGAAUUUUGAUUUAUUUUAUGUCACAGCUCCUUUGAGCCGCGGCUACCUUGGUCGUUCAUCACAGCUCCUUUAAGCCCUACCUUGGUUGUUCAUCAAAAACUACAGUUGAGCCUCUCUGCAACGGCCAUCUUGGUGACAGAAGAAAAUGACAAUUGUAGAGACGAGGCUGUUAGUGGAGGCUUCACGGUAUAACGGCAACCUCUCUCCAACGGCCAUUUUUUUUGGCGGACAGUCCAUACAUUCACAUAUGUUUCAUCCUCUCUACAAUAGCCACUUUCUUCUGUUCCCAAGGGUCCCCUGGGAAACAAGGGCGGGGUCCAGUUAAGUCUUCUAACACACGUAAGUCAGUGAGUACGUACCGAAAACGAAGUUUGUGUUCCUCUCUGAACCUGUCUCUCAUCUCAUUGAAUUCCCUUUCUUCAAGGGCAAUGCGUCCCAUAUGCCAUGCCGACAAAACCUUUCUGGCUUGCUCCUCUGGGUUUGGCACAGCUUUCAGUCUUAGUUCUUGAAGGGACAUCAUUUUCGAUUAAGAAACAACGUAUAACGGUAAAGCGAAAUGAGGCUUAUUUCAUGCUUCUUUUUUUUCUAACUGUUGGCUUUUCUUUCAUUGGUGCUUUUUGGAUUCCCCUGCGACUUUUUCCAACUUUAUUGGUGUAGCCUAUUCCGUUGUGUUUUUCACACACCUAGCAUUUGCACAGAGCACAUGGCAAGACACGCUCUGUUGUGCUGUUUUUACUAACGAAGCAAUGAAAUACAAAGGCUUAGUAGACCCAAAAAACAAGCCGUUCGGCAUCCUGCUACCUUUCGAGGUGCAAGUAAUCAUUAUGUUCCGGACCCGAUGUUUUAUGACAAAUGACAGAAGGACAAAAAUGAAUGAAGAAUUAACCCGCCUUCCCUGUUUCCUUUGCACAUCUAUUCCAAUGUCCGUGGCAUUUUCGUUUUCAAGCGGCUACAAACGUUUUCCUUUCCAAACCUUAUCCUCGCUUUUACGGUUGUCCCCACUGUUUCAGAAGGAACACACAACAAGUGUCGGUAUGUGUGUUCAUCUAUUUCCCUUCAGUUUUAUUUCAUGCUUACCACUAACAUUUUGUUUUUUUCUUGUAGAUUGAUAUGAUUGUCGCCAUGGGAAACGAAGAUAAACUACAUGAGGCAAGAUUGGCCCAUAUUUUGCAGUUAUUUAGACAGGCUCAUCCAGAGAUACAGCUCUGUGUCGAAUUACCAGCACACGGCAAGAGACAAAAUCAGAUGGUUAAGGAUAGUUUGUACUUUUUGUUAGACUAUUUACACGACAGACAUUCUCGUUUACCAGCUGCCCUUUCCUUUAUUUUGUAAUUUUGCGAUUGAUAUUUUUAAACAUGUAAUGUGGCGUUUGAUAUGUUUACACAUUACAUAUUUUUAUUCCUUUCAUUGCAUUUUGCGUCAUAUGUUUUACUGACUACUCUCACGUGUCUCUCCUUCUUAUUUCUGACUCUUUCCGACCCCUUCCGAUGAUCACCCGAGCCUCGUUUUAGCUUCUUUUAGUUUUCUGUAUGUUGGCUAAACUCUUUCGUUGGUUAAUUUCAAUUCCCCAGCGACAUUUUUAGUCUCGAUUGGUUUAGUCUGUUCCCUUGUGUUUUUCACACACCUAUCAUUUGCAUACAGCACAUGGCAAGACACUGUUUUUGCUAACAAAGCAAUGAAAUACAAGGGUUUAGUAGACCCAAAAAACAAGCCGUUCGGCAACCUGCUACCUUUCGAGGUGCAAGUAAUCAUUAUGUUCUGGACACAAUGUUUCAUGACAAAUGACAGAAGGACAAAAAUGAAUGAAGAGUUAACCCGCCUUCCCUGUUGCCUUUGCACAUCUAUUCCAAUGUCCGUGGCAUUUUCGUUUUCAAGCGGAUACAAACGUUUUUCUGCUGCUAUGGAUACCAAACCUUAUCCUCGCUUUUACGGUUGUCCCCACUGUUUCAGACGAAAAACCAAGCAAUACUCGGUACGUUUGAACAUUUCGGUUUUAUUUCGCAAUUCAUUUGCCCUUUGUUUUCGGGGAUUAGUCGCCAUCUUAUUUACGUCAAUGACUAUUUCACAAUCCUUUACCUUCAAGCAAUAUUUCUUAAACACAAUUUUUCUUCUAGAUUGAUAUGAUUGUGACAGAGAACAAGCAUGAAAAGAAAUUCAACGAUGCUAGAAUCGCUCUCAGUUUAGAUUUACUGGGCGACUAUUACGGUCCUUCCAUUCCAUUGUACCAAUAUCCAGUUUAUGGAACGCAAGGAAAUCCUGUCAUUCUCGAUUUAUUUGUAAAUGGAUUUCUUUUUGACUGGCUGAUCGACUUUUAUUCCAGUAUCUCUCCAGACUUUUCUCUGACUUUAUAAUACUUGUAAUUUUAUUAAACCAAUUUUUCACAAUGUUUUUUGUUACUGCGCAGGGAACACUUCUUCUCCCACAUGUGUAAGUUGACUCAACUGAUUACACAAAGAAGUUCGCGUCCUCCUUAAGUAUAAUAACUACUCAAGUGUCUCUCCUUCUUGCCUCAUGACAUCAUCCCUCAUUAACAUAAUUCCGAGCCCUCUCGGAAGGCUUCCGACCGCACCCAAGCCUCGUUUUAAGAUAUUUCCGAUUUCCCCCAACAAUAGAUCGAAAUAUCCUCUAGACCAAUCAGAAGGCUCGAAAGACAAUAGACCUCCUAUCUAGAAGAAUGGGGACCCAACAGACUACGGAUUGCUGCUUACACACUUUCAACUCGCUCAAUAUCAAGUUAGUUGAGAUUUCCUCGAGGUGAAUUCGACAGACCUGACCUAAGUUCAGGACGAGAAAUAAGAAAUCCCCCUCCUGUGUUUACCUCCUCCAUAAAGCGUCGCAUCAGGACAUUUUACGUCACGUACAGUGGCAGCAAAGAAACGUACCGAAGGUGUCAUGCACGUGCAGAGUUGUUUUGCUUAUGAAACCUGUUAAUUUUUUUGUCGAUCUCGUUGCCGUCGCCUUCGCCUUCGUCUUUAGUUCUCUUCAAUGAGAAAUGUAGUGUAGAAUUCCUCAAUAUAAGCACCUCUAUAAUACGGACACCUCUCUAUGGCGGACCUUUUUACGGUCCCUCCCCUCCCCCAAACUUCUUACAGUGUUGACCUCUAUAAUGCAGACACCUUUGUACUGCGGACAGUUGUGUCUUUGUUUUGAUCCUUUUGACUCUGGUAAAACCUCUCCCUGGGAAAAACUCUAUGCUACGGGCACCUCGGUAUAUCAGGGAGAGCUCUAUUGGUUCGAGAGAAUCCCUACCUCUACAAUACGGACAUCUCUGUAUCAAUUGGUUUAAGAGAUGCUAAUUCACACAAUCCCUACCUUUGUAAUAAGGACACUGCAGUAACGCGGACGCUUCCCUCUGUCCUUGUGGUAUCCGCAGUGACAAACUACCACCACAUUGUUUCUCCCCAAACAGGAUAGCCCCUUAAAACCUCACUAAUGCUGCCACAUUGUUUGGCCUUCGAGUAGUCGCAUGAACGGGUUUCAUGGUUUUUUUCUAUUUCCUAUUGUUAACUUGGGCUUCAUUGAAUGUGUUAACCCUUCUUCAACUUCACCAUUUUCUAGAUCUCUCUGAUGUCUUGCACAAGCUCCCCGAAACAUUUAUUGCCUUAGAGCACAGCUUCAUGGAAUUCACGAAGCCGUCAAGGUAAAGCCUGGUUUCGUUAUAAGGCAACCAGCUAACCUGUUUCAAGGUCUUAGGUAGUCGGAACGAGCAAAAAAGAGAGCGAGCGGAGAAAAAGAAAAGACAGAGGACUGGGAAGGAAGGUGGAAUGGAGAGGGCUUUUCCGCCCUGUUUUUUCCCAGUCCUUGACUGUUGUGUGCAGGAAAUUAUGGUUUCCUUUGCCCAGGCCCUAUUCGGCGUUUUCCCACGCCUUCUCGGUCAAUCAAUUGGUAACGUAACCGAGGAAAACGGGUGGACCACGAGACACGAAGCGUAUUGGCCGCACGGAAUAAUGAGGCUUAGGGGACCAGGUAAUGAUUUCCCCAAAUUGUCCUGAUUACCCACCAACACGUCAGAAUUAUAUAAAUAUGAUCGUCGCGUUCGCCUGAAAACAGCUUGAGGCGGAGCUGACGAUGAAAUGGGAACUACGCUUUAGGUUUUGGUAUAUUUAAGCAAACAGGGUUCAUAGAAGUCCUAAAAAGGGAUCCACAUUAUACGAGCUCUGAACACAGAAAACAUCAGUUAAAUGAUUAUGUUGCAGACUGAACCUUUACCCAUAAAUUAGUUCAUCUUUCGCUUUAAAAGGACUCUGAUGUUGUCGUCAGGAGCAAUAUGAAUGAAAAACAAAACAGAUUUAUUGUAUCAGUGGCGACAAAAAAUGUUCUAGUUCUUUUGUUUAAGAAAUACUCUAUGCACGCACUAAAACUAUUUACCGUCGUCUCUUACCGCGGAUAAUGAUCUGGAAGUGAAUCGCAACUCAAAUAAAAAACAUAACCUUUUUAACUAGUUUUAUUCAGGGGCACCCAACGAAUAUUUUUCUGAAAAUGAGCCGUUAACUACAGAAAACGAAAAUUUAGACGCUUUUAAGGCAUUUUCAAGCGCUUUUCUGUGUUGCUGGAAAGAAUUUAUCUGUUCCUCACUCCCAGCAGGUUAGAUGGCUAUUCUCCCAGCCAGCAGAGCGGCCUUUUCCAUGUUUACCAGCCAGCUGAAAAAAAAAAAAGGUAUUCAAAUAAGCGCCGCAGGGUUGCUUGGAAAUUGCGGCGCUGAUUCGAGUAUAUACGGUCACAAUUAAUAACACACAGCCUUAUCUCUCGCUUGUCAACCAGGAAUAACAACAACUAUAAUGGUAAUGAAAAAGGAACGUCACUAAGCCUUCCCUAGAUGUACCUUUUGUGAAUCCUAUUCAGUCCAACUUAAAUAUAAUACAUCAGGCGGUUUAAUAGGUUUUGACAACGGUGAACUCGCGCUCCGCCGAAACUGGAAUGUUUUAAUUAAGAAUUUUUUAACAGUUGUGUAACACUAUUAUGUAAGAUGGACGAAAAGAAUGCACUUACCAAGAACAUGCAGAUAUAACACUUUAUCGUGCCUAUUGGCAACCUUAAGAUACCUUUCCUUUACACCCCGAUAAGUUUGAUCUGCAGUUGGUGCUUCCACAAAAAACCUAAAACACUUAAAUCUAAAAACAAGGAGAAAAAGAACCAUUAGAUGAAUAUUAAAGAAAACCUACUAAAUCCAGCUGAAAGAGGUGUAAAAUAUAAUUACAACAGACAAGUGUUUUUUUGUUUAAAAAAAUAAUACAUAAUAAUAUAAAAUUCUCUCCCUAAGAAUGAAUGGAAUGUUGCUAUCAACAUCAUCCAUCACGGGCAUGUAGAGAGGUUUAAUUAAAUCAACUUUUCCCAAAUUUGGUUAUAUUUUCUGAAAACAUGGUUGAAAUUGCAUUUCUCUUCUUGUCUGUAUGUUAAAGCUUUUUCCUUAAAACAGUUUUAUUGAGUAUUGAAUAAUAUUCGAUUUUUUUUCUUUUAAGAAUUCUCGUGAAAAUUAUACAAACACGUCUCUUGAUCGUACAUUAUUGACCUUUCUUUUCUUUCUUUUUUCAUAUGAAAUCAUUUUUUCUCUUUUUUUGUCUCGAAGAUAUUAGCGUAUUAUUCAAGAUGACAUCAAUUUAAGAUUGUUGUUUUUUUUCUCCAUAUAGUUUUUUUGGGACUCCGGUAUUACUGCGCUUUUCAAAAACACGAACUCUGAAGUUCAAAAGCCGCCUUCACAAUUGGGUGUUUUUCACUGCCGUCAAUCAUAAUUAGGAUCACAAGCAACGAACCUUGAAACACACAAACACACAAAUCACAAACCAUGACCUUUUCAAUCCGUUGAAGUAAACUUCUGUUUCCUAACAGAUCCGCUAAGAUGAAUGACGGUAAACGUGAGUUGGCUUUUGAACUUCAGUAAUCGGGUGUUUAUGAAAAGCGCAGUGAGAGCCUAAAGUUAUAAUGAGUAUCUGAAACAUUUUUUUAUUAUUGCACCAGGUUCAAAAGGAACAAUAUCCAGGUGAAUAUCUUAACUACAGAAGAGCUUAUUUCAAGGACACCACAGAUGUAUCUUCAAGCGUCUUAA